UGUCUAGUUGUAGUGACAAAAGCAGGGUAGUCGCUGGUGGGGUGAAAGGUGAUGACGAUUAUAGGGGCCCAUGGCUGUGGACAGCGCACAAACACCAAACUGAGCUCUUCAUCUGCACCUGAGUGAACAAAAACUCCUCCCCAGCUUAAACAUAGAAACACAAAAAGAGGCGAAAAGCUUAAUUCAGCACCCGUGCGCUGUGUUCUGUGCACUCAGCACGCACGCAGAGAGCCACGUCUCAGUCCUUGAACACCGAAUUGAGUUUUGCCUCUUCUUGCUCUUGAACCUUGAACCAAAAAUAUUAGGCUAAGUGUAAAUAGCAUAUUUUUUAGCAAUAGAUGAUAUUUACACUAAGUGCAAGUAGCAAUGGAUUGUAUUUACACUAUGUAAAAAUAGCAACAUUUUCUGCUAUUUAUACUACUUAUUGCAAAUAGUGGUAAUUAUCUGCACCUCAGUAUUGUAGUACAUUAUGAAACAGUACGCAAUAAUAACGUAUUGAGUGUAAAUUAUAGUUUUAAUUCAAAUUAUUAAAUGGAUGCCAUCUUAUUGGGAUGGGAUCGGGAAAGGUCCUCGAGUCGGGAUUCGAACAGGGAACGCCCGUAGCGCAACGGCGCUGUAUGUCGGCGUGCUGCCCACAAGGCCCACACUUCGUUCUUAUUUAAAAUAAAUGCCUUUCUGAUGCAAUAUGAGAUUUGAAAAGGGAGAAAAAAAAGUUUGGUAAAAGGCGGGCUCGAACUCGGGUCGAUUGCCUCAAAAAGCAUGCGUUUUAACAUCUACGCCACUGGACCUAAUGUCGAAUUAGCGUCUUUUAUUAGUGUUAACUAACUCAAUCACACGUUAGUGGGCGGAGUUAGUGUAAAUAGCCUUUGCCAACAAGACGGGCUAUUUGCACUUAGUGUUAAUAGACACUCCGAAAAUAUUAUGGUGAACCCGUCUUGGCGAGUAGCCUUGAAAAAACGGUCAGUUAUGUCUUAAGUGAACGUAAACGGUCGAGAAAGAAGCGGCUGCGUUGUCUCUUAAAGUGACUGCGCCUAAUUUACGAGCUGCUGGCGAUGUCCUUAUAUAAAUUCAUGAAAUCCAAUGAGAGAAAACCAUUCACUGCUCUUUACUGAAUUACUUUUAACAAGAAUUAAUCUAUUUUUAAUUUAUACAGUGAGGACUAUGCAAUGCAGUUUUUUCGGUCUCUGUAGCUGGACACCUACAAACUUGAAAAAAACUUUGUUGAAUUUGUAUCUUUGUUCAAUUUAUUUAUUUGUGCUUUUUCAAACAGGGACCAUUGACCUGGACACAAAGACAGGCGGAAAGUGUGCACCAACCUGUGACUGCAAGUGGUCUGCAUAUGAAUGUAGAUGCUACCGCUUUUUUAGCUGCGGGACGUCCUGGAUUGAUGCAGAGAAACAGUGUUUGGACUACAACGGGCACCUCGCCUCUGUACACACUAAUGCGGAGUACACCUUCAUACAGAACCUGAUUAAAUCUCAAACUCGAGCUUCAACUGAGGCCUGGAUAGGAGGCUAUGGCUCUGUUUCAGAGAGAUCGUGGCUCUGGAAUGAUGGGUCCAAAAUGAACCUAGAGAUAUGGGCUCCUGGACAACCUGAUCAUAAGCUUUGGAAAGAGAACUGUAUUGGGAUGAACUAUGACUGCUCGGAAAAGUGGAAUAACUACAAGUGUGAUCGGAAAAUGGGUUUUGUGUGUAGCAGGAUGAGAGAGCUUAAUGGAGAAUGUUGAAUGUCGUAUUGUCUUGCAUUAAAGGAAUAGUUGACCCAAAAAUGACAAAUAUUUACAACAGUGCUUACCCUCAGUCGAUCCAAGACAAAGAGGAGUUCUUCAUCAGAACAGAUUUGAAGAAAUAUAACUUUACAUCAUUUGCUUAUCGACGGAUCCUCUGCGGUGAAUGGGUGCCAUCAGAAUGAGAGCUUAAACAACUGAUCAUGAAAACAUCACAAUAAUCCACACGACUCCAGUCCAUCAAUUAAUGUCUUGUGAAGUGAAAGGCUGCAAGUUUGUAAUCAAAUUUUAUUUUUCAUUUUUUGGUCAGCUGCUCUUUUGACUAAUUCUCUCUGAUUUCUUUACUAAUGUGCAAGUAGAACUCACAUGUAUGUGCAUUUUCUGAAUGAAACUCCCGAAGGUUUUGGUAAACUUUGGAUCUGAGUAAAUAAAAUUCUGCAUCAGAGCUGCUUUGCUUUUGUCAUGCCUAUGUGUCGUUAUAGGAAAUAAACAGAAACAUUUGCUAAUCGAGUUGUUAUAGAACAAAC